AUGAAGUCCAUCAUUGCCCUCACCGCCGCCCUCUUCCUUGGAGCCACCACCAUGGCACGCCCUUUCAACGCCGGCGACUAUGAUGUUUGCUGGCUCAUGUGCGCCUCCGACAAGAUCCAGUGCCCCGAGAAUUGGUACUCCAAGCAGCAGGGAAAUUGCUGGACUUGCUGCAAGGAUAUCGGCGGCGACAACAUCACCGUUCGCCCCGCCAGCCUGGUCGAACUCCGUUAA